AAAAGGCUGCAACACCUCAGUACAACAUUCCGGCUCCCACAGCAAAUAGGGCUGGGCAUUUGGCCCCCAGGCUUCCGGGCGGAAAAAAAAAAAAUAACCAGCCCAGCAGCCCAAAAUUCUCUCUACAGUGACCUGGGUCCUGUGAAAGCUGGUCCCCACAGACCCUGAGGAAUAAAGAGGAAUAAAACUGGAUGCUGGAAGUUGCCUGGGAGAAAAGAUUGCAGCAGAAGAAAUGGCGGCUCUGCAAAAGUUGUCACAACGCGGAAGGCUUAUCCGGUUGUGCUUUCUUUUGGUGGUUUUGUGGGAGGCCGGAGCUGGACAGAUGCACUAUUCUGUGCCAGAAGAGAUUGACAAAGGCUCCUUCGUGGGCGACAUCGCCAAGGACCUGGGGCUGGAGCCUCUGACACUGGCAGAACGCGGAAUCCGCAUAGUCUCCAGAGGUAGGAUGCAGCUCUUUGCUCUGAACCCGCGAAGCGGCAGUUUGAUUACCGCAGGCAGGAUAGACCGAGAGGCGCUUUGUGCUCAGAGUGCGCGGUGCCUGGUGAAUUUUAACAUACUCCUGGAAGACAAGUUGAAUAUUUAUUCAGUAGAAGUGGAAAUAACAGAUAUUAACGAUAAUGCCCCUCGCUUUGGAGUGGACGAACUGGAGUUAAAAAUCAGUGAAACCAAUACGCCAGGAUUCCGAAUUCCUCUAAAGAGUGCGCAUGAUGCAGAUGUAGGAGAAAACACCCUUCAGAAGUACGAACUGAACCCAAAUGACCACUUCUCCCUGGAUGUGCGAAGCGGAGUGGAUGGGAACAAGUACCCUGAGCUGGUGCUGGAGCUUGCCCUGGACCGCGAAGAGAAGGCUGUUCACCACCUAGUCCUUGUGGCUUUGGAUGGGGGCAGCCCGGUCCGAUCUGGCACUUCCCGCAUCCACGUGACUGUUAUGGAUGCUAACGACAAUGCCCCUGUAUUUACACAGUCCGAGUACCGUAUAAGUGUUCCUGAGAAUAUGCCCGUAGGCACCCGGAUACUCACAGUGACCGCUACUGACACAGAUGAGGGAUACAAUGCCCAAGUGGCAUAUUUUCAAGAGAAAAAUCCUGGAGAAACCUCAGAGAUAUUUGAGCUUGAGUCGGCAUCUGGAGAUAUAACAAUCAUAAAAAGGCUAGACUAUGAGGAUGCCAAAGUCCAUGAAAUUGAUAUUGAAGCUCAGGAUGGUCCUGGCCUUCUGACCAGAACAAAGGUUAUUGUGACAGUUCUGGAUGUGAAUGACAAUGCCCCAGAAUUUUACAUGACAUCUUCUACCAGCUCAAUUCCUGAAGACUCUCCUCCAGGAACCGUAAUUGCACUUUUCAAUGUAUAUGACAGAGACUCUGGGCAGAAUGCAUUUAUCACAUGUUCACUCCCAGAGAACCUUCCUUUCAAGUUAGAAAGAUCAGUGGACAAUUACCACCGACUGGUUACAACCAGAGCCCUUGACAGGGAACAGUUUUCCUCUUACAACAUCACUGUGACUGCUAAAGAUGGAGGAAAACCAUCUCUGUCCACGGAUGCUUACAUUAUGCUGCAGGUGGCAGACAUCAAUGACAACCCACCCACCUUUCCUCACAUGUCCUACUCUGCCUACAUUCCUGAAAACAAUCCCAGAGGUGCUUCUAUCAUUUCUGUAGUGGCCCAUGACCCUGACAGUGACGAUAAUGCCCGUGUAACUUAUUCUUUGACUGAGGACACUCUUCAAGGUGCACCCCUGUCGUCUUACAUCUCCAUCAACUCUGACACUGGCAUCCUGUAUGCAUUGCGCUCCUUUGACUAUGAGCAGUUCCAGGAUUUGCAGCUGUGGUUGACUGCAUGGGACAAUGGGAACCCACCCCUCAGCAGCAACGUGUCUCUGAGCAUAUUCGUGCUGGACCAGAACGACAAUGCCCCUGAAAUCCUGUAUCCAGCGCUCCCCACCGACGGUUCCACAGGCGUGGAGCUGGCGCCCCGAUCCGCAGAGCCCGGCUACCUGGUGACCAAGGUGGUGGCGGUGGACAGAGACUCUGGCCAGAACGCCUGGCUGUCCUACCGCCUGCUCAAGGCCAGCGAGCCAGGGCUCUUCGCGGUGGGGCUGCACACGGGCGAGGUGCGCACCGCGCGGGCCCUGCAGGACAGAGAUGCGCUCAAGCAGAGCCUGGUGGUGGCUGUGCAAGACCACGGCCAGCCCCCUCUCUCAGCCACCGUCACGCUCAAUGUGGCCGUUGCCGACAACAUCCCAGACGUCCUGGCCGAUCUGGGCAGCAUCAGGACGCCGACCGACCCAGAGGAUGCUGACCUCACGCUGUACCUGGUGGUGGCGGUGGCCGCAGUCUCCUGCAUCUUUCUGGCCUUUGUGAUCGUGCUGCUGGGACUCAGGCUGAGGCGCUGGCACUCAUCCCGACAUCUCCAGUCGGCGGGGGUCGGGUUGGCGGGCGUGCCGGCCUCACGCUUUGUGGGCGUGGACGGCGUGCGAGCUUUUCUGCAGACGUAUUCGCACGAGGUCUCCCUCAGGGCGGACUCCCGGGAGAGUCACGUGAUCUUCCCCCAGCCCAACUAUGCGGACACGCUUCUCAGUCAGGAGAGCUGUGAGAAAAAGGAUUUUCUAUCAGCACCCCAGUCUUUACUUGAAGAUAAAGGAGAAGAAAUAUCUCAGGUAAACUCCCUUCACAGUAUACUUAUGAGGUAUUGCUAAAAUAAAUAGAUAUAUUUACUUCGCCGCUUCCAUUGUUUACCACGUGUUUUCUGUUUCACAUAUUUCCUUGUGAAUAUAUC